AUGUAUGCAAAAAUAGAAACAGAACGUCUUAAUUUCCUUAGAUUCAAUCAAGCCAAACUAAGAUCAGAAGAAUACAUCCAUUUGCGUGAUGCAGUUGUCAAUGAUGGCAAUGUUAAUGAUGUCGGACGUUUAACAAUAUUACCAUCGUCAUAUGUCGGCAGUCCGCGCCACAUGCACGAAUACACACAAGAUGCAAUGUCAUAUGUUCGCAAACAUGGUCGACCUGAUCUUUUUAUCACAUUUACCUGCAAUCCACAAUGGGCGGACAUCAAAAACAACUUAUUUGAUGGACAAACACCAACAGAUCGGCACGAUAUAACAUCACGUGUCUUCCGACAAAAAUUAAAAGCAAUGAUCGAACUGAUUGUCAAAUUGAAAAUAUUUGGAGAUGUUCGUUGCUGGAUGUAUUCGAUUGAGUGGCAGAAAAGAGGCCUACCGCAUGCACACAUUUUGAUAUGGUUAGUUAGAAAAAUUUCACCUGAUCAAAUGGAUAGCAUUAUAUCAGCUGAAAUACCAUCUGAAGUUGACGAUUCACGAUUGUAUGCCGUUGUCACGAAAAAUAUGAUUCACGGCCCUUGCGGUGAAUUUAACCCGAAUUCACCAUGUAUGAUUGACGGAAAAUGCUCAAAGCGGUUUCCAAGAGAAUUGAUUUCUGAGACGAUAACUGGCAAUGACGGAUACCCACUGUAUCGACGUCGGUCACCAAAUGAUAAUGGCCAUACAGCAACACUUAAAAUUCGAAACCGAGAUGUUACCGUCGACAAUCGUUGGGUAGUUCCAUAUUCACCGCUAUUGUCAAAUAUAUUUGAAGCUCACAUUAACGUUGAAUAUUGUAAUUCAGUGAAGUCGAUCAAAUAUAUUUGCAAAUAUGUCAACAAAGGCGGUGAUAUGGCUGUUUUUGGAGUAGCCAAUGACAUCAGAAAUGAUGAAAUUGCUCAAUAUCAAAUGGGACGCUACAUUAGCACUAAUGAAGCUUUUUGGAGAAUUUUUUCUUUUCCGAUGCAUGAGCGAUAUCCUGCUGUUGUUCAUUUGGCUGUUCAUUUGGAAAAUGGGCAGCGCGUUUAUUUCACGGAUGCGAAUGUAGUGCAAAGAGCAGCACAACCGCUAUCAACAACAUUGACUGCAUUCUUUCAAUUGUGCGAAAGUGAUGAUUUCGCCAAAACAUUGCUGUAUUCAGAUGUAACGCAUUAUUACACUUGGAUUUCGAAAAAAUGGCAACGACGUAAACAAGGGACACCAGUUGAUGGCCAUCCAGGUGUUUUUCAUGCAGAUACUAUGGGAAGACUAUAUACAGUUCAUCCAAACAAUGCAGAAUGUUAUUAUCUGCGAUUGUUGUUGAUAAAUGUUGUAGGACCAUGCUCAUUUCAACAUUUGCGAACAGUCAACGGUGAUUUAUGCCAGACAUAUCGCGAAGCAUGUGAGCGUUUGAAUUUGCUGGAAAAUGAUGCUCACUGGGAUUUGACUCUUCAGGAUGCGUCGAUUGCUUCCUCUCCACAUCAAAUACGUAUGUUAUUUGCCAUAAUAAUAUCAACAUGUUUUCCGUCGAAUCCGUUAGAAUUGUGGAAUAAAUAUAAAGAUUUUAUGGCAGAAGACUAUUUGAUUCGAUUGCGUCAUCGCACAGCAAAUCGUGAACUGCUAAUUUCAUUGGAAAUGUAUAAUGAAGCAUUAAUAGCAAUUGAAGAUUUGUGUCUUGCCAUUGCAAACAAAGCAUUACAACAAUUGGGUUUACCAUCACCCGACGGUCGAAUGCAUAACUUAUUUGAUCGAGAAUUACAGCGGGAACAACAGUACGAUCCUAAUGAAUUGCAAUCAUAUGUCAAUUCGAAUCUUCCCAAAUUGAAUGACGAACAAAAAAAUGUUUAUGAUACCAUCAUGCAAGCUGUACAAAAUGAGGCUGGUGGAUUGUAUUUUUUGGAUGCGCCUGGUGGUACUGGUAAAACAUUUGUUAUAUCACUGAUUUUGGCAGCUAUUCGAGCACAACAUAAAAUCGCAUUGGCGCUUGCUUCGUCUGGAAUUGCUGCUACAUUAUUGGAUGGUGGACGAACAGCACACUCUGCAUUAAAAUUGCCGUUGAAUGUGCAGGUUAUUGAGAAUCCAACAUGCAACAUUUCAAGAAAUUCAGCGAUGGCAAAAGUUUUGCAGCAAACAUCAAUUAUACUAUUGGAUGAAUGUACAAUGACGCAUAAAAAAUCACUGGAAGCAAUCAACCGUACAAUGCAAGAUUUGCGUGGCAAUGGACGAAUCUUUGGUGGUGCAUUGAUAUUAUUGUCAGGUGAUUUCCGACAAAUAUUACCCGUGGUUCCACGAUCUACACCGGCCGAUGAGAUCAAUGCAUGCUUAAAAUUUUCUUUUCUGUGGCGUCAUGUCCAACAAUUGACACUUAAAAAAAAUAUGCGAGUUCAUUUGCACAAUGAUCAAUCUGCAGAUCGGUUUUCAAAGCAAUUGUUGGAGAUCGGCAAUGGCAAAGUUCGAAUCGAUAACUCGAAUGGGUUGUUUACUUUACCGAAUGAUUUCUGCACAAUUUUACAAUCAAAAGAAGAUUUGAUUGCACGCGUAUUUACCAAUAUUGUUCAAAAUUACAAAAAUCAUGAUUGGUUAAAAGAACGCGCAAUACUGGCACCGAAAAACGUUCAUGUCAAUGCAAUCAACUUUCAAAUUCAAGAAAAAUUGCCAGGUGCAGUGGUAUCAUACAAAUCUGUUGAUAGCGCAAUGAACCAAGAUGAGGCAGUGAAUUACCCAAUUGAAUUUUUCAAUUCACUAGAACCAUCUGGUAUGCCACCGCAUCUUUUGAAUUUGAAAGUCGGCUCAGCAAUUAUUUUACUGCGAAAUCUAAAUGCGCCUAAAAUGUGUAAUGGCACAAGGCUGGCAGUGAGCAAAUUAAUGACAAAUUUGAUUGAAGCCACAAUAUUGACUGGCAAAGCAAAAGGUGAAAAGGUACUCAUUCCGCGUAUUCCACUGAUACCAACAGAUUUACCAUUUGAAUUCAAGCGUCUGCAAUUCCCAGUGCGCUUAUCAUUUGCUAUGUCCAUCAAUAAGGCGCAGGGACAAACGCUUCAA